UCUGAUCAACGAAAGAAAGUGAAAAAAAGAAGGAAGGAAAAAAGAAAAAAAAAGAAGAAAGAAAGAAACAGUUCGAAUUGAGAUUGAGGAAAGGUCACACUGAUAGUUCAGUUCACUAACCUGGAGUUACUACCGAUGAGUUUCUUCACUCUUGAUGCUAAUCGCGUCCUUCAUAUAACGUUCAACCCCCUUCUUUUUAUCCCUCCUUUUUGUCUGGAUUUGGGGAUUAGGGUUUAACCCAAUCCCCCCGGUAGAUUUUGUCUUUUCCCUCUUUCAGUUUUCUUCUGUUUUUCAUUCUUUUUCUCCACCUGGCAAUAAAAUCUGCGCGGGAACCAAUUACCGGACGCUAUUUCGUUCGGUAAAUCAAUUGAAUCUUGUUCCCGCAAGCUCCUCGCUUAAUUGAAACUACAUUAGGGUUUUUACAUUCGUUUCAUAUAUAUACGUAUUUUUUUUAAUUAAUACAUGAACAUGGAGAGCACGCGUAGAUCGUUCGAUAGAUCGAGAGAGCCGGGCGCCAAGAAGCCCCGAUUGAUCGACGAGCUCGACAGCAGUUCCAACCCCAUUUCCCGACCGUUUUCUCAGCCGCGGCAACCGCCGUCCUCUGCGGUUACACCGUUGACUUCCGCCACCGCGAGGUUCCGAACUAACAGCGACAGGGACUUCGAAAGCAGCGACAGGUACCACCCGCAACCGCCACCGCACCAGGAGCUUGUAUCUCAGUACAAGGCCGCGCUAGCUGAGCUCACUUUCAACUCGAAGCCAAUAAUUACGAACUUGACCAUCAUUGCAGGAGAGAACCUUUCUGCUGCGAAGGCCAUUGCUGGCACCGUUUGUACCAACAUUCUAGAGGUUCCAAAUGAACAAAAGCUUCCAUCUCUUUAUCUCUUGGACAGUAUUGUUAAGAAUAUUGGGCGGGAUUAUAUAAAAUACUUUGCUGCCAGACUACCUGAGGUAUUCAUCAAGGCAUACAAACAGGUUGAUCCACCUGUCCAUUCAAGUAUGAGGCAUCUUUUUGGAACUUGGAAGGGAUACUUUCCUCCGCAGACCCUUCAGAUGAUUGAAAAGGAACUUGGCUUCACACCUGCAGUCAAUGGUUCGGCUUCUUCAUCUGCUACACUCAGAAGUGAAUCACAGUCACAACGCCCAGCUCAUAGCAUCCAUGUGAAUCCUAAGUAUUUAGAACGACAGCGUCUUCAGCAGUCCAGCAGGAUUAAAGGAGUAGCUAAUGAUACGACUAGAGCUAUUUUGAACUCAAAUGAGGAUUCAGAGAGGUCAAGUAGAGUUUUGGGUGCUUCACGACCGUGGCUAGAUCCUAGGAUUAACAUGCAUGUAUGUAGGCGUAUUCAAAGAGAUGCAUAUAACAAUUCUGUUCCUGAGAAGAGUUUAGCUGAAUCCUAUGGGGCCAUAAAAAAUAGUUCUGGUAUUUCAAGUAUUGGAACAACUGGCAGUAGGGUUACUGAGCUGGGACAUGAUAAAACUUGGUAUAAAGCAGGAAUCAGCGUGGCAGAGAACACGUCUAAUCAAAGUAAUGGUUUCAGUUUGAAGCUUGGUUUUUCGAAUCGUGAAGCACCAAAGUCGAUGAACUUGGGUGCACAUCAUCAGCCAACACAAAACUUAACUAGCAUACAGAGCAGUGUAGUGCCAGGUAGCUGGAAAAAUUCUGAGGAAGAGGAAUUCAUGUGGGAUGAAAUGAACUCUGGAAUGAUUGGUGAUGGUGCAGCCAGCAUUGCCAACAACAUGAAUACAGAACCAUGGAUGGGUGGUGAUGAUGAGAAUUUGGAUGGAGAUCAAUCCCAAAUCUUGCACCAUGAUAGAGAAAUAUCUACUGCUAGGAAACAAUCAUUUGCAUCUGGGGGGCAUUCAUCAUUGCCAUGGCAAUUGCAGGAGCAGAGAUCGAAUGAAAAGUUGAAUCUGAGGCCAGGUCACUCGGAAGAAUUGUUGUCAGCUUUAGGUUGCUUACCAGCUAAUACAAGUUCUUUGGUUGUCAGGAUGCCAAAUCAGUCUUCCAUGCCAAAUGCAACCAAAGAUAUGUCUGAAACUAUGGGACAAAAGCAAUUUGAUUCCAUGGGAACAAAACCCACUUCUGUGCAGUCACCUUUGCAGCAGCAGUCUGCAUCAUUGCCUGUAACAAAGCUCCACCCUCAUCCAACACAAAAUUUGUUGGAGCAAGACAAUGGGAAGGCUUCUAAAACAUCACAAUUUCUGGGAGAUCUGCAGAGACAAUACAUUAGAGAUCAACCAGCUGCCCUUCCUCCCAAUGCUCAAGUUGGUCGUUUGCAUAGAUCUAGAGAAAAGGAUUUGCAUGGUCCUUUAUCUUCAGAGACUUCUUUUCUGCCAAGGCAUCAGCAGCAGCCACUGGUCUCUUCCCAGACUGAAGUUAUUGCAAAAACUAAGCCUCUCCACUCUAAAGUCUCUUUGGCCAGUGAAAGUUCAGAACAAUCAAAAAGUAGUUUGUCAGCUGCAACUGUGCAGACUAGAUUCCUCAACAAAUCAAUUACAAAUAGUUUUCCUGGUACAAGUAGUAGUCUAGUUACAAAGAAUCUUCCAUCUGACUUGGGGGUUUGCCCAGCUCUAUCAGGUAGACCCUCGUCUGCCACAUUAAUUUCUUCGGUAUCUGCAGUUGCAUCACCGUCAACAUUAGUUCCUCCAGAUGACGAUUCUUCUAUUCUGGAUAACAUAUCACAAGCAAAUACUGGACAGAAACCAAAGGUCUCUACAAAAUUACCAACUUCCUCUAACAUGAGCACUGUGUCAGCUCCAACCUCAACCGCUACAAAAAACAAUUCCUUGAAUCCCAUUGCAAACCUUUUAAGCUCACUGGUUGCAAAAGGUUUGAUAUCUACAGAUUCGGAGUCAUCGACUAAGGUACCAACAGAGGCAUUGGUUCAAUUGGAAGCCCGUACUGAAAGCAUUACUGCCAGUAGCUCAUUGCCAGUUCCUUCAGUUACUGGUUCCACAGUUCUCCCAGUAACAUCCUCUAAAGUUGUGGAAGAUGAUGCAAAAGCCUCCCUGAUCGUAAGUCAAUCAACCAACACCAAAAUAAGGAAUAUCAUCGGCUUUGAUUUUAAGCCUGAUAUAGUUCGAGAGAUGCAUCCCACUGUAAUCAAGGGAUUAUUGGAUGAUAGUCAGCAUCAUUGCAGAUUUUGUGGUAUUAAGCUUAAACAGGAAGAACAGUUCAACAAACACUUGGAGUGGCAUUUUGCACGAGAAAGAGAGCAACAUGGUCUAAUUAGAGCAUCCAGAAAAUGGUAUGAGAAUUGGUUUCUGUCUGAGCCUAGUGAUUCUGUAGACGAUUAUUGCGAGGAAACAGACAGGAGUCCAUUUGAUGCUAUGGUUCCAGCUGAUGAAAGCCAGUGCUUGUGUGUAUUGUGUGGUGAUCUGUUUGAAGAUGUGUACUGUCAAGAGAGGGAUGAAUGGAUGUUCGAAGGUGCUGUUUACAUAAACAACUUAGAUAGAAAUGGUGAGAUGGAAAGUAGAAAUGUGGGGCCAAUUGUUCAUGCUAAAUGUUUAUCUGAGAACUCAGUAGCUGGCGGCAUCAAGAUGGAACAGGACUGAUUAUUUACGCCUCUACUUUGAUGGAGAAUCAUAAGUUUAUUGAGGGACACAAGACAGGUUUACUCUACAUACUAAAUUUUGCUGUGAUAUGCAUGCUAUAUUAGUUGCCUCUAACCGGUCUCUAAAGUGGUUAAACAAUUUUGUGCUUAUUAUUCUGUUUCUUUUGUACUCGGGAAAAGGUGUUCAAAGUAUAUAUAAAUUGGAGAGUUUUUGUUUUGCGGCUCAAAUUUUGCAUCAGUAUUGACAUUAUUUGUUUUAUUUUAUUUUAUAUAUUGUUUCUGCUUUUGUU